UGCUCCAAGAAAAAACAUGGCUGCAAAGGAGAAAAUGGAGGCAGUGUUAAAUGUGGCCCUGAGGGUGCCAAGCAUCAUGCUGUUGGAUGUCCUGUACAGAUGGGAUGUCAGCUCCUUCUUCCAGCAGAUCCAAAGAAGUAGCCUCAAUAACAACCCUCUUUUCCAAUAUAAGUAUUUGGCUCUUAAUAUGCAUUAUGUAGGUUAUAUCUUAAGUGUUGUGCUACUAACCUUGCCCAGGCAAUACCUGGUUCAGCUUUACCUAUAUUUUUUGACUGCCCUUCUCCUCUAUGCUGGACAUCAAAUCUCCAGGGACUAUGUGCGAAGUGAACUGGAGUCUGCCUAUGAAGGACCGAUGUAUUUAGAACCUCUCUCCAUGAAUCGAUUUACCACAGCCUUAAUAGGUCAGUUGGUGGUGUGUACUUUAUGCUCCUGUGUCAUGAAAACGAAGCAGAUUUGGCUCUUUUCCGCCCACAUGCUUCCUCUGCUAGCACGACUCUGCCUGGUUCCUCUGGAGACCAUUGUUAUCAUCAACAAAUUCGCUAUGAUUUUUACUGGAUUAGAAGUUCUCUAUUUUCUUGGGUCUAAUCUUUUGGUACCUUAUAACCUUGCUAAGUCUGCAUACAGAGAAUUGGUUCAGGUUGUGGAGGUAUAUGGCCUUCUAGCCUUGGGAAUGUCCCUGUGGAAUCAACUGGUGGUCCCUGUACUUUUCAUGGUUUUCUGGCUCGUCUUGUUUGCUCUUCAGAUUUACUCCUACUUUAGUACUCGAGAUCAGCCUGCGUCGCGGGAAAGGCUGCUUUUCCUUUUCUUGACAAGUAUUGCUGAAUGCUGCAGCACUCCUUAUUCUCUUUUGGGUUUGGUCUUCACGGUUUCUUUUGUUGCCUUGGGUGUCCUGACACUCUGCAAGUUUUACUUGCAGGGUUAUCGAGCUUUCAUGAAUGAUCCUGCCAUGAAUCGGGGUAUGACAGAAGGAGUUACACUGUUAAUCCUGGCGGUGCAGACGGGUCUCAUCGAGCUCCUGCUCAGUAUUAUCCUUUUCAUUGUUGUAGCUUCUAUCCUACAGUCUAUGCUGGAGAUUGCAGAUCCUAUUGUUUUGGCGCUGGGAGCAUCUAGAGACAAGAGUUUAUGGAAACACUUCCGUGCUGUGAGCCUUUGUUUAUUUUUACUAAUAUUUCCCGCUUACAUGGCCUACAUGAUUUGCCAGUUUUUCCACAUGGAUUUUUGGCUUCUUAUCAUUAUUUCUAGCAGCAUUCUUACCUCUCUUCAGGUUCUGGGAACACUUUUUAUUUAUGUCUUAUUUAUGGUUGAGGAAUUCAGAAAAGAGCCAGUAGAAAAUAUGGAUGAUGUCAUCUACUAUGUGAAUGGCACUUACCGCCUGCUGGAGUUUCUCGUGGCGCUUUGUGUGGUGGCCUAUGGCGUCUCGGAGACCAUCUUUGGAGAGUGGACAGUAAUGGGCUCAAUGAUCAUCUUUAUCCAUUCCUACUACAAUGUGUGGCUUCGGGCCCAGCUGGGGUGGAAGAGCUUUCUUCUCCGCAGGGAUGCUGUGAAUAAGAUUAAAUCAUUACCUCUCGCAACGAAAGAGCAGCUUGAGAAACACAAUGAUAUUUGUGCCAUCUGUUAUCAGGACAUGAAGUCUGCUGUGAUCACACCUUGCAGUCAUUUCUUCCACGCAGGCUGUCUGAAGAAGUGGCUGUAUGUCCAGGAGACCUGCCCCCUGUGCCACUGCCACCUCAAAAACUCUUCCCAGUUCCCAGGGUCAGGGACUGAGCCGGCUCCACAACCGCGUGCUGGAGCGGAGGAUAACGCUGUGCGUCAGGAAGGGACCCAGCCGGCUCCACAACCACCUGCUGGAGCCGAGGAAAACGCUGUGCGUCAGGAAGAGACCCAGCCAGCUCCACAACCGCGUGCUGGAGCCGAGGAAAGCGCUGUGCGUCAGGAAGGGACCCAGCCGGCUCCACAACUGCGUGCUGGAGCGGAGGAUAACGUUGUGCGUCAGGAAGGGACUGCACCCCCAGACCAAGAGCAUCCUCGAGGGACCGGAAUGGAAGAAGGUUCCAGGGACAAUAAUGAGUGCAUUGCCAGCAGAUCAGGUAGCCAGGAAGGGACUUGUGAGCCCAUGGAAUAGCUUCUUGGUGCAAAAGAUGAAGCACGUCCUGCUGAGGUCAACCCAGAAGAAAAGCAGCAGGAGUAACGCUGUGUGUGCUGGCGGGGAGGCUAACUCCGAUGGAAUUUGUGCCCAGAUUUGAGAAACAAGUAUAUGGGGUGAUUAGGUGGGAAAUUUGACAUUCCAAGGAUCUAAUCCAAGAAGUACUUACUCUCAGUGGAGACCACCUGCUUUCAUGCCCUUGACAUUGUGGGAGAAAUUUUGCAAUGUAUGCUAAUCAAAAUGUAUUUAUAUAUCCUAUGCUGAUGUUUUGUAGAGGUUUGCCAAGGAAAUUUAACCUCAACAACUUCAGAAACUGUCCCUGAUUUGUAAGGGAUAAAUAAAAUCAGAUUUGAGUGUUUGAAAGGGGCUAAAGAAAGGAAGACAACAUAAGGACAGUCUGGGAAGAGGCAGGCAGAGUGGAACUGACAUUUCACUUUCUAUGGGACAGGAUCCUUUUUGUUACAGAAUAUGAGUAGUGACCAGCCCCUUUCUCCACCCCCUUUUCCCUCAGCUAAUUGGAACUCAGUCUGGUAAUUAUUGAGUUUUGUACAGCACUGAUUGAAAUCAAAGAUAUAAAAGCAUUAAUUGUAUCCAGAGAUUGAAACCUGCUCAUACUUUGUAUGUGCUUUUGGGGAGGGGUGGGUGGGCAUUUGGCCUCAGGUACAUUCACGUAACCUGAGACUCAUGAACUUUCUGAUGGAGUCCUCAAUAUUUUGUGUAUAUGAAACUUUUGUUAAUAUAUCGUACACUGUUGGCUAUGUGAAGUAAUCUAAAACUCUAAUGAACACUUUGGAGUCCACUUUAGUGUGGGAGACCGAAGUGGGAAGGGCUUUAGGGUACUGAUAGAGGCCUUGUGUACUUUUCAAUCCUGUGUAAUGUUUAGUUCUUGCAACUGAAUCAACAGUGUUAAGUUAUGGCAAUAUUUGCACUUGGGAAUGAGUACAUAACUGUAUGAUCACACUGCAAAUGCCACUUUUAAAGCUGUUAAUAGACUUUGCACCUUUUCUUUGAUAAGGAUGUGUCAUAUUUAAAUUUUUACAUUCAUCAUGGCUACAGGUAGACCUGGGGGGGGGAUACAAUUUUUUAUGGGAAUUUUGAUAUGAAAAGAAACUAGUCAUUUAUUUAUACAAUAGGCUUGGUUCAGAAUGUUUUUCAGACUUGGUAUUCCUAAUGUGGGUUGUGACUUUAUUUUAUUUUUAGUAGCAAAUUUGGAUGUAGACUGACAGACAUAGCUGAAUGUCUUAAUAAAUUUAAAUUUGAAGAUAA